AUGCACCGUUUUUCUAUCAGAUAUCAACGCGCAGAUGAAGAAUCUGAUUCUGACGAGUCUUUCCACUGUUGUGGAAAGCCGGAAGAUCUGCUUGAAAGUCCACCUACUCCACCGCCUGAGCCCAAACAGCACCACGCUCAGUCUUACAGGGAAGUGUUUGUACCCGAGGACCAAGAAUUUUACUGCUAUCAAUCCGGGCUUGAACGCCAAAAACAGUCUGAGAGACCAAUCUCAACUUCCGAACCUCCGCCGCCUUCUACAAGUGCUUCUGGUCCUCGCAUCCUAGGAAGGACUCAUUCAUCUGAGUCAGAUAAGACUAUGGUCGAGUCGGGCAGCAAGGCUAUGAUGGAAGAACCUUUGCUCGUAAUCAAAACGGGCGUCACUUCUUCUUCGCCAUCAAGAAGAAUGAGUCAAGCGCCAUGUAGAAUGUCGAAGGUACCUUCGCCCAAAGCGAAAUCGAGAAGAGCGUCGCUCAAUAUAUUCCGAGCUUCUUCCCUCUUGCGGGCACCAAGUCAAAAGACUGUGGCCGAUGAUUCGAGUCCGACCAAAAAAUCGAGACCUCCCAGAGCCAGAUUCUCGGUCAUGCAAGCAACAAGGCGAUUUUCGAAGAGCCUUUACGACAUCAAGGAAGUUGACAAACGCGCAACUCUCCAGCCACAGGGAUCCUCGAACUUGAAGGACAUAUCCGAAUAA